AUGUUGCUCCUUGUAGUUUUUCUGGUGAAGAAAAUAGUGACUCUGAGCUGCCCUGCAAGUGAUGCUUUCCUUGUUCCACAGGAGUGGUAUCAACCUGGGGACCUCAUCGUUGGUGGGAUGAUGUCCCACAUCUUUUACAGCCUUCAUAAAAUUAAUUUUAAGGAAUAUCCUCGUGUAACAUCUUAUGACACACCAAAUGUAAUAAUCAAAUUCUACCAGCACAUCCUUGCCUUGGCUUUUGCUGUGAAGGAGAUCAAUGAGGACUCCCAGAUCUUGCCCAAUGUCACUCUUGGAUUCCGCAUCUAUGACAGUUACUGUCAUUCAAGGAUGACCUAUCGCACCACCCUGGACCUUCUUUUCAAAUCCCAGGAUUUUGUCCCUAACUACAAAUGUGACAGCCAGAAGAAUCUCAUGGCGAUCAUUGGAGGAUUGGAUUUUGUCACAUCAUCCUAUAUAGCUGAAAUUAUCGGAUUCUUCAAGAUUCCACAACUGACAUAUGGCUCAUUAGCCCGAGAGACUAGUAAACUCUCUUCAGUUUAUUUCAUGGUUCCAAAAGAGGACUAUCAGUACAUUGGGAUUGUCCAACUGCUUCAUCAUUUCAGGUGGACGUGCAUUGGGAUAUUUUCUGUUGAUAACAACAAAGGAGAAAAUUUCUUACAGAAAAUGCAGCCCUUACUGUCAGAGAAUGGAAUCUGCUCAUCGUUCAUAGAAAGACUUCCUCGACAGCUCCACUUGGAAAGAUUCCCAGAAAUUUAUCAAACCAUCUCCAUUAUUUCCAUUAAUAUGUUGAACAACAAAUCCAAUGCAUUUCUUGUCUAUGGAGAAUCCUGGACAAUUAUAUGGCUAAGAUUUGUUACAUUUCUUGCAGAUCCUGAGAGCAAGGAAAUUGCAAUAUUAAGAAAGGUGUGGAUCAUGACUGCACAGAUUGAUUUGGUAUUAUCAGGCAUUCAAAUCACAUGGGAUCUCAAGAUGUUCCAUGGGGCUAUUUCCUUCACUGUUCAUGCAGCAGCAAUUGCAGGUUUCAAGGAAUUUCUUCAGACCAUCAAUCCUCUUUCAGACUACAGAGAUGGGUUUAGGCAGAAUGUUUGGGAACAAUCAUUUGAUUGUUCAUUUCCAAAACUAGAAUUACAAGGAAUGGACAAUACUCAGUGCACUGGAGAGAUGAAGCUGGAGGAUCUUCCUGCAUCUAUAUUUGAAAUGGAAAUGACUGGGCACAGCUACAGUGUCUACAAUGCUGUUUAUGCUGUGGCUCAUGCUUUGCAGGCUCUACACAUGUUGGGUUUCAAUAGGAAGAAAACUAUGAUGGCUGGGGAGAGAGUGUUCCUGAACGAGAAAGGAGAAGCAACAGGUGGAUUUGACAUCACCAACUUGAUCACUUUUCCAAACAGAUCCUUUCAGAGAGUUAGAGCUGGAAAGCUGGAUCUACAGGCUCCAAAAGGGGAGGAACUAUUCAUCGAUGAAGAUGUGAUGGUCUGGAAUCCAGCUUUUAACCAGGAUCUUCCACUGUCUCGGUGCAAUGACCCUUGUUUCCCUGGAUCCUGGAAGAAAGGGAUUGAGAAGGAUCAGUUCUGCUGCUAUGACUGUGUUCCAUGCCCAGAAGGAAAGAUUUCAAAUCAAAAUGAUAUGGAUGACUGUUUUGAAUGUUCAGAAGAUCAUUAUCCAAAUAAGGAAAAGAAAGGAUGUAUCCUGAAACCGAUGGUCUUCCUAACUUUCGAAGAAACUUUAGGAAUUGGUUUAAUAUCUGCAGCUCUUUGUUUAUUCUUCUUAACAUCUUGGGUACUUGGAACUUUUAUUAAGCACAGGGAUACUCCCAUUGUCAAAGCCAACAACAGGUUCCUCACCUACACCCUGCUUGUCUCUCUUCAGCUCUGUUUUCUCUCCUCUUUCUUCUUCCUCAGCCAACCUGGCAAAGUGACCUGCCUUCUCCGACAAUCAAUGUUUGGUGUCACUUUCUCUAUGGCCAUUUCUAGUGUUCUUGCAAAAACCAUCACUGUAGUUAUUGCUUUCAUGGCCACUAAACCAGGAUCUCACAUGAGGAAAUGGGUUGGAAAAAAAUUAGCUUUUUGGACUGUUCUUUCUUGCUCUCUAAUCCAAGUAUGGAUUUGUAUUCUUUGGUUGUUCACAUAUCCCCCAUUCCCUGAGUUGGACAUGCAUUCAGAGCGCCAAGAAAUGAUUUUACAAUGCAAUGAGGGAUCAACUUCAUUCUUCUACUGUAUCUUGGGCUACAUGGGUAUCUUGGCCAUUGCCAGCUUAAUGGUGGCUUUUCUUGCCCGUAAAUUACCCAACAGCUUUAAUGAAGCCAAGUUCAUCACCUUCAGCAUGUUGGCCUUUUGCAGUGUGUGGCUCUCCUUCUUUCCAGCCUAUCUGAGCACAAAAGGAAAAGCCAUGGUAGCUGUGGAGGUCUUCUCCAUCUUGGCCUCCAGUGCUGCAUUACUGGGAUGCAUAUUCCUCCCAAAGUGCUACAUCAUUGUUUUGCGGCCUGACCUCAACCGCAGAGAGCAACUCAUAAAGAGGAAUUAG